AGCAUUUCAAGAUGGGUGAUCAUGUGAAAGUUAUAGGUGGUCGAUAUGAGGGUGAUACAGGCUUGAUUGUUAGAGUUGAAGACAACAUGGUGGUCCUUUUUGCUGAUCUUACCAUGCAUGAGCUCAAGGUUUUGCCCAAAGAUCUUCAGCUGUGUACAGAGAGAAGCAGUGGAGUGGACUCCAUGGGACAGCACCAGUGGGGUGAUAUGGUGCAGCUAGAUCCACAGACAGUAGGAGUUAUCAUCCGUCUGGAUAGAGACAUGUUCGCAGUGUUGAACCAACAUGGAAAAGUGAUUCAAGUCAAACACCAAGCAGUGGGGAGAAGAAAAGAAAACAAAAAUGCUGUGGCACUGGAUUCUGAGCAGAACACUGUGCAAGUCAGAGAUAUAGUUAAAGUCAUUGAAGGGCCACAUGCUGGUCUGCAAGGAGAGAUCAAGCAUCUUUACCGCAGCUUUGCAUUCUUAUCCUCUAAGAUGGUGAUAGAGAACGGUGGGAUCAUCGUGUGCAGGACAAAACACCUUGUACUGGCAGGGGGUGGGAAGGCAGCUUCAAAUACUUUGGGAAUCAGUGGAUUUGCUCCAGCCUCCCCGAGAAUAACAAGUCCAGCCAGAGAAGGAGCUGGUGGAGGUGCUGGUGGCCGCGGUGGACAGAGAGGAGGCAUGGGACGAGGUCGAGGUCGAGGCCGUGGAGGUCGUGAUAUGUCUCUUAUUUCACAGACAGUGCGAAUUUCACAGGGUCCUUAUAAAGGAUAUGUUGGUAUAGUGAAAGAUGCUACAGAAACAACUGCUCGUGUUGAGCUUCACAGCAGUGUAAAGACCAUCUCGGUGGAUAGGAUGAGGCUCAGCAUUGUUGGUGGUCCAUCCAGUCGAGGCAGCUCAGUCCACAGCAAGACUCCAAUGUAUGGAUCCCAGACCCCCAUGUACGGCUCUCAAACUCCUAUGCAUGGUUCACGGACUCCCAUGUAUGGUUCCCAGACUCCAACUCAUGGCGAUGGAAGUCGCACACCUCAUUAUGGUUCCAUGACACCAUCCCACGAUCCUUCACGCACCCCACUUCACGGAGGAGCCUGGGAUCCAACACAGCCAAAUACUCCUGCACGCAAUGAGGAUUAUGAUUACAACUUUGACACGUCAACCCCCUCCCCUGGGGUUUAUGGAACACCCAAUCCAGCCACUCCCGGGGGUUACGGAGGACCGUAUACCCCCAACACCCCCGGCGGGGGAAUGUACGGCUCGGAGCCUAGCUAUUCACCGUAUACGCAGUCUCCAUCUCCCGCCGGCUUUGGUAAUCCCAUGACACCUGGAAGCAUUGCUCCCGUAUCACCAGCGUAUAAUCCGCUCACACCUGGGGCAGGCAUGGAAGAGGCACAAGCUGACUGGGUUACUACUGAUAUUGAAGUGCGAAUCAAUGAAAAUCAUGAGGACCCACAGUUGAUGGACAAAAAGGGCGUGGUCAGAACUGUAUCCGGGAACACGUGCACAGUUUAUCUUUACGAUGAGAAGCGUGACGUCAGCGUCUCUAUUAACAACGUAGAUCCUGGUGAACCGGUUAAACAGGAUAAGGUGAAAGUGAUCUUUGGUGAUGACCGUGAGCGUGUAGGGACUCUAAUCAAUAUUGAUGACCCAGACGGAAUUAUUAAGAUGGAUCAGACUGAUCAACUCAAGAUUCUACCGCUCAAAUUCCUUGCUAAACUUGGUCCGACAAAUAUUUGAACU